AUGACAAUGAGGAUUGAGAUGCUUGUUGAUACAUCAAAAGUGUUCCCUUUACUGAUCUUCAGGAGAAAUCCGUACUUUCAGAAAAGAUCUCGCAUACUCAAAAAAUGGGGUUUCCUAGGAACUGGAAUUGGACUACCUCUGAUUGCUGUGAUCAUAUGCCGCAAUAAAGCUAAGGUGUGGAAGUUCAUAAAGAAUCAAUUAGGAUUGAUGAAUAAGCAUGAUCGAAAUAUAGAAGCCUUUCUAGAAAGCCAAGGUCCACUUGGUAUAAAAAGAUAUAAUUUCUCUGACGUGAAGAAAAUGACCAACUCCUUCAAAGUCAAACUCGGAGAAGGAGGUUAUGGUUCUGUUUACAAGGGAAAAUUACCCAAUGGUUCCUCUGUGGCUGUAAAGAUGCUCAAUGACUCCAAAAGGAAUAACGGCGAAGAAUUCGUCAAUGAAGUUGCCAGCAUUAGCAAAACAUCUCAUGUUAAUGUUGUCACUCUUGUCGGAUUUUGCCUCGAAGGAAGCAGAAAAGCUCUUAUUUAUGAAUUCAUGCCUAAUGGUUCUCUCGAAAAAUUUGUUCACAAAAAGGCCGAUCAAAGCACUCCGGCCCUGAGUUGGGACAAGUUGUACCAGAUUGCAAUCGGGAUAGCUAAAGGAUUGGAGUACUUGCACAAAGGAUGCAACACUAAGAUUGUGCAUUUUGAUAUUAAGCCUCAUAAUAUUCUCUUGGACGAAAAUUAUCGUCCAAAGAUAUCAGAUUUUGGACUAGCUAAGCUCGGCACAAAGGAUGAGAGCAUUAUGUCAAUGUCAUAUGCUAGAGGCACAGUUGGAUAUGUGGCUCCGGAGAUGUGCAACAAGAGUUUCGGAGGUGUAUCUCAUAAAUCUGAUGUUUAUAGCUACGGAAUGAUGCUGCUAGAAAUGGUUGGAGGGCAGAAGAAUGCGAAUGUUGAAGCGAGUCGGUCGAGCGAGAUAUACUUUCCACAAUUGGUGAUUUACAAGAAGCUUGAGGUUGGGAGUGACUUGGGGCUUGAUGGGGUGAUGAGCACAGAAGAAAAUGAGUUGGCGAAGAAAAUGAUUAUGGUGGGUUUGUGGUGCAUUCAGACAAUUCCCUCUCAAAGGCCAACCAUAAGCAGAGUGAUUGACAUGUUGGAAGGUAGCAUGGAUUCUAUGGAAAUGCCACCAAAACCAACCAUGUCAUCUCCUCCAAGAUCCACAACAGACUUUUCCACUGCAUCAUUGUCAGGGGAUAGUUGUUGAUAAAUCCAACGUUUCUGUGCUGCACAAGUUGCAUGUGUUGUUGUUUCAAUGUUUCCAACAACAAAAGAUGUUGCUAAUAAAACUAAAAGCUACAGGUUUUCUUGGUGUGACUUUGAUUCUGUAUAUCAUGUAGUAUACAGAAUAAUAGAAUGAGAUGCUUAUUUGGUAGUACUCAUUUGUACCUGAAAAUCUUAUAAAUAUGUACGUUAUAUUUAGAUGAUGGAGUUGAAAAUGGUUGAGUGUAGAUCAAUCAAACUUUGUUUUAUCUUUACAUUUUUUGAGUAUCCCAUUGCAAAUGUUUCAAACAACCCUUGUCAAUGUCGAUCAUAAUGAAAUUGAUUGAAUACAAAGAUCCUGUGGAUGCUUC